UGUUUCCCAAUGGCGGCGGCGAAGAGACUGUGUUGUGCUCCGUCUGGGGUUUAUGGACGUGGAUUUGACUCAAAAUUCAAUCUAAAAGAUAGGAAAGUAUGCGGGAAUAAGAAUCCAGAGUCCCUGCUUGAUAUAGCAGCAAAAGUUGUGGCGGAAAAUAUACCAUUUCAGAAAGUAGAGGAGCAAUUCGAUCGGAUCCCGGAGCCCGUACAAAGUCGGAUAGUGUUCUGGUCAUUUCCACGCAAUGAGAGGGACAUAUGCAUGUACUCUAGUUUCACAAACACUCCAAAAGAAGGGAAUAACGACAAACAAAAAUUGCCAUUUCAUCAAGGAGUCAAAUUAUUAGAAAGUGGUGCAGUGGCUGACGCUUUACAAAUAGGCUUCCAUCUUAGUGGAACAGUGACUGAACCUGCCAAUCCUAUAUAUUCACAGCCAGAACGGAUAUUUAGAGUCUCCAUUAGUUUUGAUAGAUGUAAAAUUACCUCAGUAAAAUGUGCUUGUGGGAACAGGGACAUCUUUUGGUGCCAGCAUGUUGUGGCGCUCUCUUUGUACAGAAUACGCAAACCUGUCAGCGUCCAGCUGCGGGUACCUAUAUCAGAAACAUUAUUACAAAUGAGUCGAGAACAGUUACAAAAGUUUGCACAGUACUUGAUCGCUGAACACCAUACCGAUGUAUUACCCACGGCACAAAAGUUAGCUGAUGAGAUUCUGCAAGCACGGUCUGCUAUCAAUCAACUUCCUGGUGCCCCUGACCCGACUGCUGGUGCUUCUGUAGAUGAUGAUAAUAGUUGGCAUUUGGAUGAGGAACAAGUUCAAGAACAAGUCAAGUCGUAUUUGACUCAGGGAGGGUAUUACAACUCAUCGAAUCAGCUGAAUUCCAUGUUUGCUAAGGUGCGAGAGAUGCUAAAGGCAAGAGAUUCCAAUGGUGCUCGGAUGUUGACGCUGAUUACUGAACAGUUCUUAGCUGAUCCUAGACUAGUCUUAUGGAAGUCACAGGGAACGCCCAUGACAGAGAAAUGUAGACAACUCUGGGACGAAUUAGGUGCCCUAUGGGUGUGUGUUGUGCUGAAUCCAAACUGUACGAUGUCAGAGAAAGAGAUCUGGCAUCAUCUCCUGCAGCGGUGGUCAGACAUGAUCAUGUGCCCGUUAGAGGACGCCGACAGCCGGGCGAGUACGAAUCAUGACAGUCAUCACGGGCAGAACAGUGACGACGAUAGCUCAGAUGAAGACGAGAACGAGCCUGCGCCUGGACCCUCAAUACCACGCGUCCCUCCCCGGCCUCGAACAAUAUUCCAAAGGGCAUUAGAGGCUAGCCAGCUCACGUGGCAGGACCAACACCUCCAGUUGAUACUCAGCGAGGACUGCGGCUACCACGAAGACGAGUGUGAUACUGAUUGGUUUGAUUCUCAGGGACUUCCAUUGUGGAAUGAACAUAUUCCAACGUCAUGUGCACGCGUGGAUGCACUUCGAUCUCAUGGUUACGUCAAGGAAGGAUUACGGUUAGCGUUAGUCAUUGUACGCACGAUGAAAAGGCAGCAACGAGUUGAACAAGAAAAGUAUAUGAUGGAGCAGGACAGAGGCAUGCCCAGCACAAGUAAAGGUAUUACUCAUUUUCCAUUGAGCCCAGCGAACACGGAAGGAUGGAUCGGUCAUCCGUUGGAUCCUAUCGGAUGUUUAUUUGAUACCUUGUCCGAAGUAUCACAUCUCCGUGAUGAUAACAGUAUAGUACAAACUGCUGAUCUCCUGUCUAGAUCUGGUUCACCCGAGUCUAGCACCCACAACAGCCCACCUCGAUAUCACCACGUUCCCAUUCCAGGCUGCCGCGACCGAAACGAGUCCUACCUCACAUCUGCUUUAGAAGUUGCGUUAAUAGGUCUGGGUCAACAGCGUAUUAUGCCCAGCGGCCUCUACGCACAGGAGAAAGCUUGCAAACAAGAAGAAAAACUUAUAGCAAAACUACAAGAGAUUCAUCUAGAUACAACAAUGGUAGCAGUGUUGAGGAAACAAGCUAUUUUAUUAUUAGAAGGUGGACCAACAAGUGGUCUUGGUAAAGGUAUUCACACUGAGAGUAUUCCCAUGCACACGUUCGCUCGCUAUAUGUUCAACAGUCUCCUUCCACAUGACCCCGACAUGGCCUAUAGAGUAGGACUUAGAGCAAUGAGAUUGCCAGUAUUAGAAGAUAGCGAGGAGGGUGACGACCCGGUCAAUAAUGUCGGCUCGGUCGUCCUGAGCCGCUAUCCGAGAUGGUUCACGCUAGGACACAUAGAGUCGCAGCAGUGUGAACUUGCUUCAACAAUGCUGAAUGCUGCCAAAAGUAAGUUUCAAACUAAUGACAUUAUUCGAUUACGCACAGUUCUUGACUCUGCUCAAAGAAACAUCCACAGUUCUUCUCAACUCUUUAAACUUGCUCAGGAUGCCUUCAAGAUUGCAACGCCGGUCGAUUGUGCUAAACACGUCCCGCUACUAAAUGCUGCCUUGCAGUUAGGACUACAGGUCAUGAGAAUGACGUUAUCAACACUCAACUGGCGCCGGCGGGAGAUGGUCGGAUGGCUAGUCACAUGUGCUACGGAGGUCGGAAAGGAGGCUCUCAUGUCAAUCAUGAGGAACUGGUAUCAACUCUUUACGCCAAUGGAAGCAACGGGGUCGGUUGCCACGACGAUUAUGUCUGCGCCGACGAUUAUUCAACUUAGUAUGGAUUUUUGUCAGCAGGAGGAGCUGGCGAGUUGUGCCAGGACUCUAGCGCUGCAGUGUGCCACUAAGGACCCCUCAAAUUGUGCCUUGUGUGCGCUGACGUUAUGCGAGAAGGAUCCUGUGGCGUUCGAGACUGCUUAUCAGAUCGUCGUGGACGCCGCGGCUCAUAUCAUGAACCACACGCAGUUGUUCACCAUCGCUCGCUACAUGGAGCAUCGUGGAUACCCUCAUCGUGCGUACAAGUUGGCCGUUCUCGCGAUGAAGACGCUUCAUCUGGCCUACAACCAGGAUACUCACCCUGCUAUCAACGACAUUCAUUGGGCGUGCGCCCUCAGUCACUCGUUAGGAAAGUCCGAGUUAACGAACAUGAUACCUCUACUGGUGAAAAACGUGCAAUGUGCCACCGUCUUGUCAGAUAUCUUACGCCGCUGUACACUAACUGCGCCAGGAAUGGCGAGUGCUGAUGGAAAGCGGCGAUCCAUGAAACUUCUCGCUUACGACAAGUCACCGUUACGCCAGUUGCUCGAGGCUGCCAUUUGUGCAUAUAUCAACACGACACAUUCCCGCUUAGCUCAUAUCAGUCCGCGUCAUUACGGUGACUUUAUAGACUUCCUCAGCAAAGCGCGAGAGACGUUUAUUCUAGCUCACGACGGUGCGUUACAGUUUGCGCAACUUAUAGAAAAUAUGAAACUUAUUUAUAAAGGGAAAAAGAAACUGAUGCAGUUGAUACGGGAACGUUUCGGUUUAUGAGGGUUACUCCUCUUCAUGGGCAGUCAGAGCAGAUCAUCUAACCAGUCAUACCUCACAAACAGUUUGGGAUGUUUGCACUCCUGACGACUGCCGUCUGCCGAUGCGGAGACUAGUACCAGAUUGGAGCAAUGUGUCAGACGUCGGGCGAUGCUGCAGAUUGAUACACCUCAGUGCAAUGCGAUGUCAUGUUUAUAACUGCUGCAGGAUUGGGUAUACAUUCCGGAAACCUCUUAAUUUCUUAUUUCUUACUUGCUUCUGAAUAUAAAACUUAUAGGCAGUUCUUGCUAUGUAAACUAGAGUAAAUCGACUCGGUCAUGUUUUGAGAAAAUAUCCUCAAUCCUGUAAGUGUUAUAGUGACGUCAAUAAUUCAGUUUGACGGAAUGUAAAGCAGGGAACUAUGCGACCAGAAUAUUUCAACAAUGAGAUGAUGCGAUGUAGAGCAAUUAGGCAAGAUAUGGUGUGCAUUAAAAAUAAUGGCCAAUGUUCUAGUAAAGGGGAACUAUAGGCAGGAGCCAGGGUGGUCAUAUAAAGUUAUUGGAAGAUGUGGUUAGAAGUCUCUUUAUUUCACAGUACAUCGAAACUAUUUAUGCUGUAUGAAGACUAAAAUUGUCAGUGAAUGAAACAAAACCUGUUGUCACCUGAAGAAAACAAGUUUGGCCCCCUAGCUCCUUCCUGUUGUCCCCCUUUAAAUAAAGUGACGUAGAUCAUCACUUCUCAGGCCCUGUUGCUGAGCUUCAUGUACUAGUCCAUAAUUACGUACAACAGUAAAUGCUAUAGAAACUAUUGUAUUGGAACUGCUGUAUUCCAUCGCCAACUUCCAAGUAGCAGUUUUUUAUUCAGCUGCAGUCGCUAAGCGGAAUGGUUUGGGGAAGAAUGGAAGAAAUAUCCAUUACUCUUCUGUGGAUUUUCUGGUACUGCUAUCUAAAGACAUUUACUUGGGACUUUUGUAAAGACACCAUAUGAGAAAAAGAAAAGCAAUGAAUAAAGUCCCACCCAAAUAAGAGGUUUUACGGUACCAAUAGUCAAUUUCAGCUUUAAAAGUGGGUCAAAUAUCAUAAGAUCGCCACAAGUUUUCCACUUUUCCGUAAUAUGGCACUUGAAAUCUGGACAUCAUCAUUGCAAAUUUGAUUAAAAAUGAGGUCUGCUGUCAAUGUAUAUGAAUGAAUCUGGUUACAAGAAGCAGUCAAACCUAUUACUGUAUAAGCCGCCACAUAUUUGAAUAUAUUUGGCAGCUUACAGACUAUCAUGAUAGUGUUGUGGAGUCAAACCAUGUUCUAAUCUAGUCACUCGCGCCGCUCAAGGCUUCUGCACAAUUUAUCUUGGAAGUCUGUGGUGGGGCAUAUCUCGCCCAAGAUAAAUUUGCAAAUAUUUCAAUGCAUUCAGGAAGAGAAUACUUUUUUUCAGAGAAAUAUUUUUUCCUGGAAAUAUUAUAUAAUCCAGUAAUAGUAGGCCUAUAAAGUUCCAGAACAACUUUGAUAAACUUUCUGGAAUUCGAACUUGAUUGGUGGUCUUGAUGACGUGUGCUUUAAGGGGGUGUAUUUUUUCUUGAUAAUCAUAUUCACACCUUUAAGUAUAUUAUGUGAGACAGUUAUACAAACCUUGUAUUGGCGGUCAUUAGCACUGGCAUGCACUGACCCAGAUGCAGAUGUCUUACAUGAGAAAAUUGCAAAAACUGCCUGGUAUCAACAUUUGCGUCAUCUUGCCCUAAAAAUUUACACUGUCAGGAAUAUUCUUAUCAUUUGGUUGAUACUUCCUAACAGUUUUUAAAAGCAGUAUCCAUCUUCCUAUACCUGCAGAUGUACUCCAAGUCCACCUGUCAGACAGUCUAUGUACAUCUUGGUACACCAAGCAGUGCUCACCCGUACUUAAUCAAGCACAGACUAUUUUCAUAUCGAACCUGGGAAGAACCAGGUAAAUCUGUGUGAUACAGUCCUGAACUCAUGAUCCACAAGGAUGUGUGGGGUUAUAAGCCAGUUGAAUACAGCCUCUAUAAACUGCUAAUCUUAAUCCUUAGACAAUAAGUGAAUUUAAGGUCUGAGAAGAAGUUUCCAUGAUAAUCUAUCUAAAAGUACAUGUAAAUAGUACGCUACAUAUUUGAGGUUUUUGCCUCAAAUUCUUUCUGAAGAUAAGUGUUCUCCUCUGAAAGCAUUUACUGUUUAUUCAGAGUUUGAUCUGCUCUAAAGUUAUGCAUUACUCCCUGAACCCAACUUGAGAUGGUUUCCCUGGGUAUCAUGCCCAACAGUAUGAGGUUGUGUGGUAUGUGGUGAUGACUACAGUAAUAUGAAUACAAAUAAAUGACAGUAUUAUUCAAGGGGUCGAUGACUGAUUCUAUGCGUUUGUGCUUAGACUGGUUCUUUGUCCCUUCACUAGUGCUUCUGAUGAAUACCCCCUAGUGGAAGGAUUUUGAACUAGUCUGAUUUGUGCUGCCCAGGUGCGGGCACUAUUUUCGUAGAAAAAUCACACUUUUGCAUUUGAAAUUUCCAGUCUGAAUUUAUGCGUGUGGCAAACGAGUGACCGAUUUUCUUCACAUGUUGGCCACUUUUCACAUAUAGUAGAUCAGACGCAUCAUUUUGCAAAAUGCUGUUCUUUUUCUUUAGAAAGCCUGUUCAAAGUGAACUUAUUUUUGAAGGUGCCAUUGGCCAACAGAAGUUGUCGCCAUGUUUGUGUUAAUUAUUAUUUAUAUAUUACGGUUUGCAAAUACCAAAGAUCAUCAAUAUGUCAUUUAAGUCUUCUGUUCUGGUGCUGUUCAUACUUUUGCUGGUGAAGUGUGGAUUCCGAGGACACAUGUAUCGUGUAGUAUGUACUUGUGUAUGUCUAUUCUAAUGCCAGCAUUGCCUCAAACUCAUCAAUCUAUCAUAGACUGAAGGCAGAAAAAAACCUCUGAAAACUGUGCAAUCUGGAUAAAGAAAAGUCAUUUUUCACAACAUUCAAGAAUAUUGUUUGAAUUCACAGAUGAGCACCUCUUUUAGUGGACUGGAAGAACUUCGCGCCGGGUUAUGGGAUCAACAUCAUAUCUGACAUAAUGUUGGAAACACUAAAGGCAGACCUCUGGUUUCCCCACAACAGUGCUCCCCAGGGUGCUGAGCAAAGAAGAGGCAAAAUACCAAGUUGAGACGUGGUGCAUUUUGUCUUUAGAAACAAGUAUCAAAGAAUUUCUAAAGAUUUUUUCUUCAGUCUUUGAGAGAUAGAUGAUUUAUUUGUCUACAGUGUCUUAUUGGUCUAGAUUUAGUUUAUUUGUCCUAGGUUAUGCCUGGUUGUUUCUUGAAUUGUUUCCACAGAGGGAAAAACUUGAAUGAGCGGUCCGAAUUAUUGGCCAGUUCUUUUCCAAUGAAGUCGUGUUCUGGGUAACUUGGCAAUUGCUAAUAAGGAAAUGGUUAUUAGGUCUUGCUGGUAUUAGCUGGAAUCGAGUUGACCUGAACAGAACUAUGCGAUGGGUAGGAUGAAUUAAACCUAGUAAAUGCAUUUACUGGAAACUUGAUGUAUAUUGACACUAAAGUCUAUUUCACAAGAAAAUGGCUCUCGGAUGUUUGCUGAUUUCACACAGAAAAUGCAGCAGUUAACAUUUCAGUGAUAUUUCCAGUUCCAGUUUGCACUGGAACGGUUCGGUAAUUAGAAAAUAAAACACAAAUUAUUAAUUGGUGAAAUUCCCACGAAAAUAUGGGGGGGGG